AUGAAUAGGUCACUUGGGGCCAUUAUCAUACUUACCAUAAAAUUGUGCAUACUAUGGGCUGUUGACCGAAGUUGUAGUGCCAGUAGUGGUGACCACAUGAGGAUAAACUGGAAGGAAAGAAGAAAAAGGACCCCACUGCAGGUUUUCCCCUCAGAAAGAAAAAAACAUUCAACGCAUAAAUGUGCACACAGAAAAGAAAUGUACAUAUGGAGCCUCGCCCAACACACAAAAGGGGAGAAGAGUAAAAGAAACAUACCCACUUACAAAUGCAUGAAACUGAAUGCUGCUAGAAAAAAAAUAAAUGCAACGGAGACACAAAAAGAAUGUAACACACAAAAUGACUUGGAAACCUUUUUAAUAGUAGACGGGUCUUCCAUUUUAUUUAAAAAUUUUUUCGGAAUGCCAUACUUGAAAAAUGAAAGUGAAAUAAAUUUAAGUACAAUAUAUGGUUUUAUCCAAUCAUUAAAUAAAGUGUACAAAUUGUUUUGUCCAUCCUACGUGGUGAUCGUUUUUGACUCCAAGACAUCAAAUGAUGAAAAAAAAAAAAUUUACGCAAAGUAUAAAAUUAUGAGAAAGAAAAAUCCUGAAGAAUUGUAUGAACAACUCAAACUAGUGAGCGAUUUUUGUGACCUGAUUGGAAUUAAAACUGUUAACUCCACGGAUGUAGAAAGUGAUAACUACAUUGCAGGCAUUGUGGAUAGUAUCAAUAAUACACUUAGGGAAGGAAAUACUCCGUACUAUUCCUCAACAAAUGGUGCAGAAAUGGCUACACAAAAAAAAUUCAGAGUGAUUGUCGUCUCGAGUGAUAAAGACCUCCUGCAGCUUCUCGAAUACAAUGAUGAUUCUCACAACAACAUGAAUAUAACCAUAUGCCAACCGAAUAGAAAAUACAGACUGGUUGACGCCAGUACGUUUGUCCAGGAGCAUAAUUUAUUGCCUGCUCAAUACAGUGAUUACCUCAUAAUGGCUGGAGACAAAACGGAUGGAAUUGCGGGGAUCCCAAAUAUAGGUGAUAAGACUAGCAAGUAUUUGCUUAAACAAUUUCACACCAUUGAUAAUAUUUUGAAGAACCUACAUAACCUUCCUGAAAAAUUGCAUGCAAUUUUCCUUAACAAUGUAGAAAAUAUUAACAUGUUCAGAAAACUUAUAAAGCUCAAAUGUGAGACGCACCAGUCGUUGGUGUUAAGUCAGUACAGACAGGGCAGCAUCAAGGACUUUGAGCGAUUUCAAACUAUCUUGGACAAAUAUUCCCUUCACAAGUUGAUAAAAAAAACGGUCCUUGUGAAUUACGACGGGGCGAAGGCGUAA